AUGGCUUCCAACGUUUCAUCACUAUCUUCUUCAACUAUCGUUGGUGAGUGCAUUGGUAUAGAGAGCUGCCUUGAUCUUAAGAACGAAGAUGAUAUAUUCACAUCCUCAUCAAAUAAAGAAGAGACUAAUUAUGAGAGUUGUAGUCAACGUUUUCAUCGCGAAAAGAGAGAGCAACGGUGGGUUAAGAAAAAGGAGUUUCCACCACCAAUACCAUUGUUGGCUCGUACGGAGAAUUUGUCUUCCCAUAUGCCUUGGGUUUUAAAGAGGUACUAUACAAGUGAUGGAAGACUGAUACUUAGAGAAGAGAAGUUUCGGCCCCUCUUUUCUUCUGGUGAUGAGAGACGUCAUGUCAUUGAGAAUGAUAUUGAUCAGUGCUAUGAUAAUGAAGAUGAUGGUGAAGAAGAGCAAGUACUCGAGCAAGAACAUGAAGAAGAUGAUGGUGAAAAUAUAGAGUUGGAGGAGGAGGAGGCGGAGGAGGAGGCUGUGCAUGAUGAUCAAAGAGUUCCUUCUAUGGAAAGUUCUGAGAGUGCAGGCAAAUGCUUGAACUACAACAGUGUGAGAACAAGCUCCACUUGUAUAUUUGGGGUGCCAGUACCAGCUAUAAGGCCAGUUCAUACAUAA